UCUCCCCUGGGUGAAAUCUCUCUCUCUCUCUCUCUCUUCUGAAGGAGAUGCUGUUGUCCACUGAUUGUUAUGGAGGCACUGCUAUCAGUUGGAGGAUCCAUCGCUUCCGCCGUGCUGGACAACUUGGUCAGCCAGGUGACCUCCGAUGCCAUCCAGCAGUUCGAGCGGCACUCGGGGCUUCAGGAUGACCUCAGGAAGCUACGGACUAUCAUGCUACGGACACGCUUCAUCCUUAAGAGCGCUGAGAAGAGGCGCACCAAAGACGACGACCUUGCCCAAAUCCUCCAAGAACUCAAAGACACCGCCUAUGAUGCCGAAGACUUGCUGGACGAAUUUGAAUACCAAGUUCUGCAGCAAAAUGUUAAAAACCAAGAGAAUCAGAGAGGUAGCUUCUUAUCUUCUUCUUUUACACUUGCUAGAAAUGUGUUCAAUCGUGACGGUGAUGCUGUGGCUAAAGUGAGGGAGGUUAUGGGGAGGUUAGAUAGCAUUGCUAAUGAUAUGGAAAAAGUCUUCAGACUCCUGGAUUUAGAUGAUGAAGGGAAAAAAUAUCAGAGAUCGGCGAGACGAGAGACGAGCUCAUUCUUAACUGAACCUGAAGUAUUUGGGCGAGAGAAAGAAAAAGAACUGGUGAUAAAACUGUUGUUAAAUUCGGAAGAUGCAACUGAACCCGGUGAUGAUCUUGUCCGUGUUUGUUCAAAGAGACAAAAGAAAGAUAGUAUUUCUGUUUUGCCAGUGGCCGGUAUCGGAGGGAUCGGAAAAACUACUCUUACUCAACUCAUUUACAAUGAUCCGAAGGUGAAUGGUUAUUUUGAUUUAAAGAUUUGGGUUUGCGUGUCUGAUAAUUUUGAUGCGAAAAGGCUAACUAAAGAGAUAAUAGGGGAGAGACUCUGUGAUCACCUAAAUUUGAAUCGUCUCCAAGAGAUCCUUAAGGAGAAGAUAAUGUCAAAGAGAUUCCUGCUCGUCCUUGAUGACAUCUGGAAUGAUGACUGCAAUGAAUGGCAUCGUCUCUGUGCGCCAUUAAGGUCCGGGCUACAGGGAAGCAAGAUCUUGGUAACAACUAGAUCUCAAAAGGUAACAAAGAUGAUGGGCACAAUGGAGGCAGUCUUCUUAAAGGGUUUAGCAAAUGAUGCCUAUUGGGAAUUUUUCAGAAGGCAAGCAUUUGGUUCUCAGAACCCCAAAGAACAUCCUGAGUUGGAAGUGAUUGGUAGGAAGAUUGCUGAAGGGCUGAAGGGAUCUCCACUAGCAGCAAAGACGCUAGGAGGCCUAUUGAACUUAGACUUGGAUGAGAGGCGCUGGAGAACCAUCAUGGACAGUAAAAUAUGGCAACUAAAACAAGGUGAAGAUGACAUUAUGCCGGUCCUACAGUUUAGCUAUCAGUACCUGCCUGGAUAUCUGAAGCAGUGUGUUGCAUAUUGUUCUGUAUUUCCUAAAGAUUAUGCUUACACAAAAGACCAGCUAGUCCAAGUCUGGAUGGCACAAGGCUUCAUUGUACCUCAAGGAAAUGUGCGGAUUGAAGAGGUAGGGAGUGAGUACUUCCAUGAUUUACUUGGCAGAUCUUUCUUUCAGCAUUCAAGGAAGGAUGUAUAUGUGAUGCAUGAUUUGAUACACGAUCUAGUACAAUCUGUCUCAGUCCAUGUACAUGUAAGAAUAGAAGAUGAAAAGUGGCCGGAAAUCCCCAGUAGGCUUCGACACCUAUCAAUAUCACUAAGAAUCUAGAGCCGAGUAAGCUAAUGGACUUUGGCAAGUAUAAGAAUCUACGCACCCUUAUCUUCGACAAUGUGUAUGAUACAAACUUUUGUUCUGUGCU